AUGAAACGAUAUGAAGUAUUUCGCAGCAGAGACCCCCAAGUGUCAUUUUGGCUUCAAAAAAAUGGUUUUCAAAAUCAGCGAUCGGCGAACAAGGACGAAGAAACGAGAGGUAAAGAACCACGGAAACGUAUAGAGAAAAUGAAAAAGGCUACACGGACAAAAGAAGUAAGAUUUGAAUCUAUGCAGGUUACAAUCAGGCCGAACAGCGACGGGAAAAUUUUGGGAUUGAGAAGCAAUAAGAUGGAAACCGGUAGAGACAAAGAGCGCUUGAAAAAGAAAGACAAGGCUCUGGCGACUGUGCCAUCUCAAGACUUAACAGAACGUGAUAGUUAUGAAAUGAAUGAACCCACAAAAAACUCAUACAGGCUUGGAAAUGGGAUCAGAAGUUUUUCAAGCCCUCUAAAGGUGGGGAAAUUAGAUGAACAAGUAACCGGUAAAGCCGGUCUGCACAGUAUUACACGAAGAAAUUCUCUACUCUCCUUGUCUUCUGAAAGACCGUCUUACAUCCCAGUGCUAAUUCGCAAUAAUAACACACGGCUUCGAAAGUACAGUUUCUCUGAAAAUUGCACGACAACAAAUACACAACAAGCAGGUAAGAGAGAAGUUCGAGCAUCAGAGAGAGACAACCCCAGCGAAGAGGCCAUGUUUAAAUCGAACAACACUAAAUUGGAAUUAGGGAAUGUGUCGUUACAACAGACAACGCAUAUUAUCAAUCCACGAAGAGUUACUAGGGGAAAAUCAAUUUUACACGUCGAGACAAUUCGCGGAGCAAAUAAAUACAAUGAGAAACGAACAGAUGACCAGUUGAGAAAAGAAAUUAAAACUUGUUCAAACCCUCAGAGAACUACUGAUAUUAAUGGAAAUCAUAUUUCUAUAAAUCAGAGACGAACAAUAACUGGUUCAUAUUCAGACGGCAGCGAUGAGGAUAUCGGUUUUAAACUUAACGAGGAAGACUCUCUGCAGAGCUACAGUUUUGAAAUGCAACAAAAGGCAGUGACGCAUAAUUAUCCAUCGAGUAUGUACAGUGCAAGAGGAAACCUACUAUCGUGGCUUGGAGAGGUAAACAAAAACAACCCUCAGCUUUGGAGUUAG